AAAAUAAAAAUAAAAAUAAUUUCAAUACAUCUAAUAUCAAAUUGUUUUAACAAAUUAUGGGAAAUUCAUUGGAGAAAACUAGUCAAACAACAUCAGAUACCUUGCCCUUUAAGCAUGAUAUUAAAUCAGGAAUUUACGGUUAUAUGAUGAGUGUAGACGAAAUCAUCAAUACCGCAAUUAAACAAUUAACGACGAGUCAGCUCUACAAUUGCUGUAUUGAUCCACUUGAAUUAAAUAAUAUUCCAUGUUUUUCUCCUGUAGAAAAAUCAGAUUUAUCAAAAUUCUCAAUUGUAAAUUUAUCAAGAAACGUUUGUUCAUCCAUGGGAAAAGAAUAUAAAUCAGAAUUUGAGAGUAUUUACGAUUUUUUGAAAUUUAAUAUUGAAGGAAAAUUGUUAAAAAGUAAAUUAAAUGAAAUUAAUAGUGUACUAAGAGAUGGUCUUAAACAAAUUCAAGUGGAAAUUGAAGAUUUAGAAAAGAAUCUUUCAGAAGAUGAACUAAAAGCUCAGUUAAAGAAAUUUAGUUUGGCUUUAAAUAAUUGGGGUAUGGAGAAAUCACAUAUGUGGGCAUCCAUUUCACGUCAGUUACUUGAAUUCAUUCAAUCUCACGCGGAUGGCGCAGCAUUCAAUAAUCCCAAAUGCUUGGAAAUAUAUAUUACAGCUUUGUGUUUAUACGCAUUCGCUAGGUUACGUUCCGAACGAAAAUCACAAGAAGAGCCUAUUGAUAAACAAAUUCAGCGCGUCAUAGAUGAUGCAUGUAAAUUACUUCGGAAGUUCAUUCAAAAUGUCACUUAUCAUAAUGCAGAAGCUUCAUUUAAACGUGAACAAAAUCCUUAUUACGGUAUUGAAGAACUUCCGGGAUGUGGACCUGUUGACAUUUUUUGUGGUUUACAUAAGGGCCUAAAAUCUGCUACAAUCCAAAAAUUCGCUUGUGAGGAUAAUCAGGCAAUUUCCUUUGAUAAAGAAUUACAAGAGAUUAAUUCUUUUAAACUUGGAUUUAGCAAAUUACAUGUUCUUUUACCAAAAACUUUUUAUAAACAAGAUAAAGAAAAUAAUAAUAAUAUUAUUGUAGAUGUUAGGGUUCCUUUUCGAUAUAAUUUUGAUUCUUCCUUUGAUAUUGAUCGUAUUUGGGAUUAUAGAAGAGAAAUUUGGCAAUUUAAACCGAAUGAAUAUUGUGUUUAUAUUUCUCCCUUAGUAUUUAGAGCUAUUCAUGAAAUUUCUGUUAUUUCUGCCGUUAUCAAUAGCAAUGAGACGGAGAAUAGUGUUUUUGAACGGCCAAGUUAUUCUAAAUUAGCUAAAGCUUUUGAACGUAAAUUGUUAUAUAGCGUAGAAAUUACUUCGGAGUAUGAAAAAGUUGUUGAAAACCAGGAACCUUGGAAAGUUUAUGUUGUGUAAUAUUGUAAAUUAAAAUUGUAAAUCGUAUGGUUCACGUGGAAUAAAAAAUUGAUUUUGAUAAUUUUGAUAUAAAUCUUUAAAAACAUAAGGUUGGUAAAUCAUUG